UCGAUCUUCCAGGGACUGCCCGGAGUCACUGAGAGGAGGGAGGUGCCUUGUGCAGUUUACUAUCUCGGUGGGCGGUGGCCCGAGGCGCGGAACCCAUCGGGUGACUAGAUUGGGCCUUGCCCCUGUCCAUCAUCGGAAGGCUGUCCCGCGGCGACUGUUUUACAGUAAGAUUUGGAAACUGAACACCGCCUAUGGAAAAGAGGGAGGUGAGGGUAAACUUGUGCGUAUUUCCCCAUUCAUUGGGUGGCUGCUGUGUCAGUCAUACUCUGCCCAGUCUCGUUGGCUGGAAGGCUCCAGGCAGGUAGCCUGGACGCGGUGCUGCCCCCUCCUGAGCUGCGAACUAGGCGCGUGACGUCUCAAGACAUUUGUUGUUGGGGUUUGGACCUCAUUAAUUAUUCAUUAGGUACUUGAAAGGGCUGCAGUGAUUGGUGGCUGAGAGGCCUGGUCGAUUGUUUCUUAGCUAGAGAUACGUGUCACCCUCUACGCGGCCGGAGAAGUUUCGCAUAAAUUAUCCGAUGAGGGGCGGGGCGGGGCCCACGCAUACAUUAGGCAAAUACGCCGAGGAGGGAGGGGAGGCCGGCUACGAAUUAGCCUAAGUUAUUAAAGAUGGCGGCGGAGCGGAGUCGCUCCCCCAUGGACUCGCCGGUCCCGGCCUGUAUGUUCGCCCCCGAGCCCAGCUCCCCGGGGGCGGCCAGGGCCGCGGCGGUUGCCGCCCGACUCCACGGCGGCUUCGACUCGGACUGCAGCGAAGACGGCGAGGCGCUCAACGGCGAGCCGGAGCUGGACCUCACCAGCAAGCUGGUUCUAGUGAGCCCUACAUCAGAGCAGUAUGACAGCCUACUUCGGCAGAUGUGGGAGAGGAUGGACGAGGGAUGCGGAGAGACCAUAUAUGUCAUUGGGCAGGGAUCAGAUGGGACUGAGUAUGGGCUGAGUGAAGCUGACAUGGAGGCCUCCUACGCUACAGUGAAGAGCAUGGCGGAACAGAUAGAGGCUGAUGUCAUCCUCCUGCGGGAACGUCAAGAAGCUGGGGGCCGUGUGCGUGAUUACCUGGUCCGGAAACGAGUAGGAGACAAUGACUUCCUGGAGGUCAGGGUAGCAGUAGUAGGCAACGUGGAUGCUGGCAAAAGCACGCUCCUGGGGGUCCUGACACAUGGGGAGCUGGACAAUGGCCGAGGCUUUGCCCGUCAGAAGCUCUUCCGCCACAAACAUGAGAUUGAAUCUGGUCGCACCAGCAGCGUGGGCAACGACAUUCUGGGGUUUGACAGUGAAGGCAAUGUGGUAAACAAGCCGGACAGCCAUGGUGGCAGCCUGGAAUGGACAAAGAUUUGUGAGAAAUCCACUAAGGUGAUUACCUUCAUUGACUUGGCUGGCCAUGAAAAAUACCUGAAGACCACUGUCUUUGGCAUGACAGGUCAUUUGCCUGACUUCUGCAUGCUCAUGGUGGGCAGCAAUGCUGGCAUCGUGGGGAUGACUAAGGAACAUCUGGGCUUGGCGUUGGCACUCAAUGUGCCUGUCUUUGUGGUGGUCACCAAGAUUGACAUGUGUCCUGCCAACAUCCUGCAAGAAACCCUGAAGCUGUUACAGCGCUUGCUGAAGUCUCCAGGCUGCCGGAAGAUCCCUGUGUUGGUACAGAGCAAGGAUGAUGUGAUCGUUACGGCCUCCAACUUCAGCUCUGAGAGGAUGUGCCCGAUAUUCCAGAUCUCCAACGUUACAGGUGAGAACCUAGACCUGCUGAAGAUGUUCCUCAACCUCCUCUCCCCCCGCACCAGCUACCGGGAGGAAGAGCCUGCUGAGUUUCAGAUUGACGACACCUACUCUGUCCCAGGUGUGGGGACUGUGGUGUCGGGGACAACACUGAGAGGCCUGAUCAAGCUGAAUGACACACUGCUGCUUGGCCCAGAUCCCCUGGGUAACUUCCUGUCCAUUGCUGUCAAGUCAAUCCACCGCAAGCGCAUGCCUGUCAAGGAAGUGCGGGGGGGCCAGACAGCCUCCUUUGCACUGAAGAAGAUCAAGCGCUCGUCCAUCCGCAAGGGCAUGGUGAUGGUUUCCCCACGCUUGAAUCCCCAAGCAUCCUGGGAGUUUGAGGCCGAGAUCCUUGUCCUCCACCACCCCACCACGAUUAGCCCACGCUACCAGGCCAUGGUGCACUGUGGGAGCAUCAGGCAGACGGCUACCAUUCUGAGCAUGGACAAGGACUGCCUGCGCACGGGGGACAAGGCCACUGUGCACUUCCGCUUCAUCAAGACCCCUGAGUACCUGCACAUAGACCAGCGGCUGGUGUUUCGAGAAGGCCGCACCAAGGCUGUGGGCACCAUCACCAAGCUCCUCCAGACCACCAACAACUCCCCGAUGAAUUCAAAGCCCCAGCAAAUUAAAAUGCAGUCAACAAAAAAGGGUCCCCUGACCAAACGAGAAGAAGGAGGCCCCUCUGGAGGGCCAGCAGUAGGGGCGCCCCCCACUGGAGAUGAAGCUUGCUCUCUAGGGGCUGUGCAGCCAGCUUUGUCCAGCAGUCUCCAGCCACAGCCCAAGCCCAGCAGCGGGGGCCGGCGACGGGGGGGCCAGCGUCACAAAGUGAAGUCCCAGGGGGCCUGCGUGACUCCUGCCAGCGGCUGCUGAAUCUCCCCGGCCCACCCCCACCACCCACGGGAUCCUUGUACUCUGGCCACUGUUCUACCACGUGGGCCAGAGCAGCUCUGACCACCACCCACCCUCCCCCAGGCCACUGCGGAGCCUCAUCAUUCCCCACCCCCACCCCCAUUUUCCAGGGGGGUUGUAAUUUAUAAGCUGAGGAAGGUGGCCAGACUUCUGGAGGACUGACCAUCAUCCACCUUCUUCCCUGCCUUCUUCCUUACUCACAUUUUUUGUACAUCUGGGCCCUUAGUUUUUAUUCUUUUUAUUAUCUCUUUCUCUCUCUUUAGUGUGUGUGUGUGUGUGUGUGUGCGUGUGUGUGUGUAUGUGUGCACGCACGCGCACGCGCGUGUGUGUGUGGUGAAGUGUAGCCGGUCAGGGCCCUGGCAGUCUUUCUCCUUUUUUCCUCUGUGGCUGGCCACCAGCCUCCAGGAGCUGGCUGCCUGCCCGUGUGUCCAUCCGUCUGUGUGUCUGACAACCUUUAGGGGCUUUCAGGAGCUGAAGAGCACCCUCCUCCCCUGUGCUCACCCUCCUCCCUUGUGCUCACCCUCCUCCCCCUCCUCCCCUGUGCUCACCCUCCUCCCCUGUGCUCACUCCUCUGCACCCAGAGCCCUCCACAGAGCCGGACUCGGGGCUUAGGGGCUUCGUAAGUGCUGCUGCCAGAGCAGGAAGCCUUCCUUCUGGGACUUGGGGGGCUUUUAGCAGAAUGGAGAGUGGUGGCCUCCUUUUCUCUCUCCUCCUUCCCCCCUGCCUUAAGCCCCAAAACAGGUAAUGCCAAAAUUUCUUAAGCUGUAGCCUGUAGAUGUGUGGAGGGGAGUGGCACUUCGAUUGUAGGAACCUCCCUGCCCCUAACUCUGACCCUUGCCACUGACCCAAAGACAGCUGGUGGUUUUCCUUUCCCCUUGGAGACAAUCCUGUGUUUGCCUGGCCAGGCCAGGGCAACUCCCAUUGUGCUGAUUUUGAGCUGGGGGCUCUGGCCCUUGAACUUUCUAUGAAUCUUAUUGGGCCUUGGGGCACUGAUGACCUGGACUGGGAUUGGCUUGCUCUGGGUCCGGCUCACCAGCACCUCCUAUUGGUGGGGGUGUGAGGUGUUCCUCUGAGCCAGGCCAGGACUGGAACCCCUUCUUCCCCACUACAGCCCCACCAUGUUGCCCCAGCAUGGCUGCUACAGGAGCACAACAGGGAAGGGCCUGAGCCCCAGUUUCGGAAGCCCCAUUUGGGUUGUGGGAAGGGCAGGUAAGGGUAGUGAAAAAGAUUCUUCUAGGCCCAGCACAGAACAUUAAUCCCUCUGGAAGAUUCACUGCCUGGGGUGAGGGUGGGGUCGGGGUUGGGGUCACUCAGGCCAGCGGCGGCAGUGUGGGGCCCAGACCAGCCUGGCCCGAGCUGUGGCCAGAACCCCUGGGUUUAGGGUGGACUGGUGGGUGGAGAUGUGUUCUUUCUAGCCAGGACAGACACCCAGCUGGCUGGGUCCUUCCUCAGCCUAGCCUCCCUCCCAUCCCCAACCGUCCUCCAUUCUUCCUGCUUCUGGACUCCUGGUCCCCUCACCUCCCCUCCUUCCAGCUAUUUCCAGUUACCACUGACCCAUGGCCAUGGACUGACCAGACCAGCACAAGAAAUAAAAGUUUGUUCCAA